AUGGCUGUCGGGAGCGCUGGCGGCCGCAGGCCCCAGCCCCAGCUGGACCUACAGUUUCUGCGACGCUUCGGGAAGAUCCAGGCCAUCUUGUUUCCCAGAUGGUCCUCCCAGAAUGUGCUCAUGUUCCUGACCCUGCUGAGCAUUGCCCUGUUGGAGCAGUUGGUCAUUUACCAGGUGGGAUUGAUCCCCAGCCAGUACUACGGGGUUCUGGGGAGCAAGGACUUCUCUGGGUUCAAAACCCUGACUACGAUUGCUGUGAUACUCAUCGUACUCAAUUCCACGCUGAAAAGCUUGGACCAGUUUAUCUGUAACCUGAUGUAUGUGAGCUGGAGGAAGACUCUCACCGAAUACCUUCAUGGCUACUAUUUCCAGGGCCAGGUGUAUUACACCCUGAACGUGCUGCGCGAGGACAUCGAUAAUCCAGACCAGCGAAUCAGUCAGGAUGUGGAGAGGUUCUGCAGACAGCUAAGUUCCAUGGCCAGUAAACUCAUCAUCUCUCCUUUUACACUGGGCUACUACACCUAUCAGUGCUUUCAAAGCACCGGCUGGCUGGGCCCAGUAAGUAUCUUUGGGUAUUUUGUCAUUGGGACAGUUGUUAACAAGGUGCUGAUGAGUCCCAUUGUGUCGAAACUGGUGCAUCAGGAGAAGCUGGAGGGGGAUUUCAGGUUCAAGCACAUGCAGAUUCGUGUAAAUGCAGAGCCAGCUGCUUUCUACAGAGCUGGGCAGGUCGAGCACAUGAGAACUGACCGCCGGUUGCAGAGCCUCCUGCAGACACAGAGGGAGCUGAUGGGCAAAGAACUGUGGCUCUACAUUGGGAUCAACACCUUUGACUAUCUGGGCAGCAUUCUGAGUUACGUGGUGAUUGCCAUUCCCAUCUUUAGUGGUGUCUAUGGUGACCUGGAUCCAGCACAGCUGAGCGCUCUGGUCAGCAAGAAUGCCUUUGUCUCCAUUUACCUCAUCAGUUGCUUCAGCCAGCUCAUCGAGCUCUCCGCCACCUUGUCUGACGUGGCUGGCUACACACACAGAAUUGGGGAGCUGCAGGAGACGCUGCUGUCUCUCUCCAGGAAACACCGUGAUUGUGAAUCAGAAGCCAAAACCAACUGGGACUUUGACAAGUUUCUGGGCUCCAGUGGUCCUGGAGAGCAGACUGUGCUGGGGGAUACAGCCUUCCUCCUGGAGCGAGUGUCUCUCUCGGUUCCAUCCUCGGACAAGCUGCUCAUCAAGGACCUGGACCUACGGAUUUCCCAAGGGAACAAUCUGCUGAUCGUGGGGAACACUGGCACGGGGAAGACAUCACUCCUGAGGGUCCUUGGUGGCCUCUGGGAGAGCACACGGGGGAACAUCCACAUGCUGACCUGCUUUGGCCCCCAUGGGGUGGUGUUCCUGCCACAGAGACCUUUCUUCACAGAUGGAACCCUGCGAGAACAGGUGAUUUAUCCUCUGAAGAAGAUUUAUCCAGUUUCAGGGUCUGCAGAUGAUGAGAGGAUCCUGCAAUUCCUGGAGCUAGCUGGGCUGUCUGAUUUGUUGGCGCGCACAGGGGGUCUGGACCAGCAGGUGGAUUGGAACUGGUAUGACAUCCUGUCCCCAGGGGAGAUGCAGAGACUCUCAUUUGCAAGGCUCUUCUACCUCCAACCCAGAUAUGCAGUGCUGGAUGAAGCCACCAGUGCUCUGACAGAGGAGGUGGAGAAUGAGCUAUACCGCACUUGCGCUCAGCUGGGGAUGACGCUAGUCAGUGUGGGACAUCGCACCAGCCUGGAAAAGUUUCACACUUGGAUUUUGAAACUCUCCGGAAGAGGAAGAUGGGAACUAACAAGAACCGAGAGAGCGAGGCGGCUCCCAGCCAGUGAGGGAUGCUGA